AUGCCUCUCAAGUAUCUAGUACUUGCCGUGCUGGCACUCAGUCCAACCUCAGUCUUGGGCAUUCCCCCCCACCACCACCACCAUCACCAGCACUUCCACAACCUUCACAAGAAUGCCCUCGAGUCUCGUGUUUCCAUGGAUGGUGGAUCGCAGCCUGUAUGCCCCCCAAUUCCCGAGACCUUGACGGUUGCGAACGAUAUGAUAGCAAAACUCCGCGGCGAAACUUGUGAGCGACAGGUCGAGUUCUCCAUCGCUUCUAUGAAGAUAGCCGCUGCUACAGAACCCGACCCGGAUGACCCCUACGCCUGUGACCAGAACAAACCCUGCAGCAACCAUGCUUGCUGUGGUAAGAAUGGCGUCUGUGGAUAUGGUCCAAAUUUCUGCGGAACCAACGGUAAAUCUCCCAACGACAAGUGUUGGAGCAACUGCGACGCUCAUGCUGAGUGUGGUCGGUUUGCAAAGACCAAGGGUCAGCUCUGUCCCUUGAAUGUUUGUUGUAGUGAGUACGGGUUCUGUGGUAUGACUGGCGAAUUCUGCAAAGAGUCUCGUGAGAAAGACAAAGGCUGCCAGAGCAAAUGCAAACAGCCUGGAUCAGGCUCUUCAGGAGGCGAUGUUCAGAAACGCAUUAUCGGUUACUACGAAGCGUGGAACUAUAAAAAAAAGUGCAUUGGCAUGAGUAUGGAAGACAUACCGGUUGACAGUCUUACCCAUAUCUACUAUUCCUUUGCCUAUAUUACGCCUGAUACUUAUGAUAUCGUCCCUAUGGAUGAUGCUAAGGAUGGCAAGCUAAGUACUGAUACUUUCACCGAGUUUGCAGGUCUUAAGAGGAAGAACCCUUCCCUUAAGGCCAUUAUCGCUCUUGGCGGCUGGACAUUUAACGACAACCAUACAAUCUACCAGCCUGUCUUUAGUGAUCUGGUGUCAAGUGAGGUUAAGCGGUUACGCUUUGUCGCCAAGCUUGAGACCUUCAUGGAACGGUAUGGCUUCGAUGGUGUGGAUAUUGACUGGGAGUACCCAGGCGCUGGUGAUCGAGGCGGCCAUAAGGACGACGGCGAAAACCUAACAAAACUCUUCAAAACGAUGCGAAGUUCAUUCGACUUCAACCUAUCUGGCGGCCACAAGGAGAUCUCGUUCACUGCACCCACAAGUUAUUGGUACCUGCAGCACUUUCACCUAAAAUCAUCUGCCGAGGCUGUUGACUAUAUUAACGUCAUGUCCUAUGAUUUGCAUGGCGUAUGGGAUGCCAAAAACCCUAUAGGCUCUAAAGUGCUUUCUCAUUCAAACCUGACAGAGAUUGAGCUCGCCUUGGAUCUUCUCUGGCGUAACGAGGUCGAUCCUGCCAAGGUCAAUAUGGGGCUGGGCUUCUAUGGUAGAUCAUUCCAACUCGCAGAUCCCGCAUGCAAUACACCAGGCUGUUUAUUCAAGGGCGGCGGUGCCAAAGGACCCUGUACUGCCAGUUCGGGGACAUUAGCAUAUUUUGAGAUUAUGGAUAUAAUCAAAAAGAAUAAUCUCACGCCUUACCAUGACGAGAAGGCUGCGGUCAAGUAUACCACGUGCGACAAUGAUCAGUGGAUAUCCUUUGACGACUUCGAUACUUUCCAGCAAAAGAUCGAAUUUGCCAACUCGCUGGGACUCGGCGGUGUGCUCAUUUGGGCCAUUGACUUGGACACCAAAGACCUUGAUGCCCUGUCUGCUGUAUUAUAUCCCAAGAGAUUGAGAGAGUACAAAGACAAGUCGACCAAAGACAACUGGGCAAGUCUUGAGAAAGGUCAUUGCCGGUUAACGGAAUGCGGAGUGACUGGAUGCCGAUCAGGCGAGAUCAAGAUCAGUGACCCACAGUGCAGCAAGGACUUCCGUUCUUUAUUUUUACACCCUAAGACUUCGGAGGCCAACUUUCCUGCUACCCGCAACCUCAACCCACGGGGGCUGCUGAGCAGUGCUUUUUCCUCGAAGUUUGGUGCCGGCAAUACAGCCGGUUGGUGUACAGAUGGUCAUAAGUUCCUGUGCUGCGAAGCCGAAGCCAAGAUACCUGACUGCAGAUGGACAGAUUGCGAUAAGGAGUGCCACUCGGAUGAGAACGAGUUGACUUGGAAGUACAACAGCUGUGGCGGCAAUAAAUGGAAGCGAUUCUGCUGCAGCAAAGACGAGGAGUGGAGUAACUGCAAGUGGCACGGCGAAAAGGGAAAAUGCUACGAUAACCACUGCGAUACAGGUUGGCAGGUGUCCCUUACCAAUUCCUAUGACGGUGAAGGCGAUACUUGUGGCAGCUGGUAUCUCCGUGAGAGAACCUUCUGCUGUGACCCCCCCAAAGGGGAGUCGCCGUUUCUCCCAGUUCCUCUUGAAUAUCUCUUUGAGAACCCUCCAGACAAGGAGAGCGCUGAUACGGACUGGACCCUCAAGGUUGAUAGCACUUACGGAGGCUCUGAGACAGGCUUUGCAGAGGAUCCCGAGAACUCGGCGUUUGGCUUCGUUGUCAUGACAAGCCCCGAGGAACUCCAAGUCUCUAUUGAUAAGCGCGAUGGUUCCCAUUGGGACGUGUUUGACUGUUUCGAUUCCACAACUGUCGGCGAACAUCGGGUACGCAUGGCAUGUACCGAUCGGAGCGAAAACUCCAAUUGCGACAAAAUUCACUUAGGUCAUGGCGCUCCGGGUACCAUUCUGGAAAUGCCUGAUGGAUGCGGACCAGGACGAUAUGCUGUUGCGAAGCAUAUGGUGCCCAGCAGCAACCAAACGCUACCUCCUCACCUUGCACGUCGUGGACUUGAAUCCUCUGAACAAGUCUACGACCUUGUGUUCGAUUACAAUUUUAAGCGUGUCCCUCGUGAUCUGGGAACCACUCAGAUGCGAAUAGACUACAGUAACAAAGACGGUUAUUGGGAUACAGUGGUCAAUAAGGCGGCGGACAAAAAGAAGCGAUCUCUAAAGAGACAUGCCAAAAGGAAUCUCGAGGAUGUAGGCGGUUCUCACAGACGCUGGCUUGAGGAGGAAUGGCGCGAUGACAAACAUUUCGGCAGCCUGAAUAAGGAGGAGCUUCAUAAACGCUGGUUUGGCCACGAUGUGCUCGAUUGGCUCAAACAACUUGUCAGUGGCAAGAACAGUGGCUUAGGUGCCGGCCGCAGCCAUAAGUACAACGAUGAAUUCACGCUCAGCAUCGUCGACCAGAGGUUCACAUGUCCAGACAUAAACGUGGAUGGAAAGCUUGAAGUCUCUGCACAAACCGAAGUCGACCUUGAGACCAGCUACGGAUUUACGCUCAUAGCUACGCUUGGAGGGAAAUCGGGUAUCGAAAUAAGCGACUCAUACCUUUACUUCCGCAACAAAGGCGAAGUUCGUGCCAAGUUCGUGGUUGACGCAACUGUCACAGCUCGUUUUGACACCGAAGAUGUCCUCAUGUUCUCUGCAGAUAAGUUCGGGGCUACCUUCUCAGUUCCUGGCAUUGUCACUGUUGGCCCUAACUUCAAGCUGUACGGCAGGCUUGAGGGAGAGGCUACACUUGGUGUAAACUUUGAGAGCCAGGUUAAGCUUGCUGAGUGGGAUGUUCGUCAGACAUACCCAGUUGCAAACGACGACUGGGACCCUAAAGCCGAGAUCAGUCUCAAAAAGGACGGGACUCAGAACGUUCUGGAACCCGAGUUUGGGUAUGGCGUUUCGCUUAGUGGUUAUUUAAGUGCUUCUGUGAAGCCUACUAUCACCUUCGGUAUCGACUUUAACGACGACUUUGUUUCCCUUGACUCUUGCAGCGUCAAUCUUGUUGCUGAUGGCCAUGUUACAUUCCACGCUGAAGCUGAAACUGGCAGUAAAGGGAAUUCGUUCUGCUACGGGAUCGACGCUGGAGCUAGCUUGUACGCCACACUCGAUGCACCAGAUGCAUUCUCAUGGGCCCUGUCCAGGUCUCACUUCCAAAUCGGAAGUACGGGAGAUAGACAGAUUUACCCAACAAACGGAAAGCAGACCUGCAUUACUUCCGAUUCAAAACGCAAAAGAAGCCCCCUAGGACGGUUCACAUCGACAUCCAAGGACCCUUAUGUCGGACACGGAUCAUCUGUCUCGCAUGGACUGAAGAAGCGAGAGACAUAUGGCCCAUUGGUCCCUAGGAUCGACGGACUUUUUUGCCCUGGCGACAUCGAUUUUGGUCGGGUUCCAAAAUGUCUGGAAUGUGAAGACGAUGACGAUGAAUAUGAGAACAAGAGCGACAAAGAAAAGCGCGAUGAUUCUGGCUCUGAUCUCGGAACAUGUUGGCUCGAUCCGGAUAGCACUCGUGAGCCUACCUGUCCUGCCAGUAUGGAGGAGAGGAACUUUCCAAUUGAGCCACAACGGUUGGAGACGAGAAGUGAUAGAGAGAAAAAAGAGGUUGAAUGGACACACGAUGGCUACGACUACACGCUUAGCCUAGGCACAUACCCUACCUGCUCUUAUGCUCCAUCUGGUGUUGCCCGAUGGUAUGGAUAUCCGAAAACGCAGGAAAAGGGCUGCGAGGCCAAAUUGAGUAAAUUGAGCCUAAAACAGGUCAAGUCAGACGAUUAUGCUACCGAACACGUUUACGAAGUCCAACUCGUUCAAAGGUUCAUGAGAUGGCUUUACCAAACUGAUCUUUUGCCAGGUGGGUACGCAAAGCCAUCGGAAGGAUGGGUUGCCGAAGUCCUUAUAGGCAUAGAAGGGCCAAGUGGCGAUAGAACAUUCAGGCCAUCUAUUUAUCAGGAAGAUGAUGUUUGGGCUGAGAUGGUUCGUGGAUUACCGGGUAAUCACAACCUCAAAGGGCUUGCGCUUUGCCAUAAGGGCGUGAAUGGCAGAAAGGGCAAUUUGUUCGGUGGCAAAAAACUGAGUCCAGAGUUCAGCAACGUAGACAGGGAUCAUCGCCUCAAUCACCGCAAUGUUGCUGGAGUGUUCUACUACAUGAAUUUACCCGAGAUUUGGGCAAAAUUCUACGAUGUUUCCCGACAUAUGGAGACUGUUUUAGAACAAUUCGAUAGGGAAUAUCUGUGGGGGCAGGAUACUAUUCACAGCGACGGCGAGCUUGGUCUCCCUGACCGCAUCCCUGGGCAGCCCGAAGCAGGUCUACGUGACUUGUACUGCUUCUGGAUCGAAAAGAUACUGGGAGAAGUUGAAAUCGCUGCCCGAGACUGGCUCACCCAAGCUACCAACCAAUACGAUGCCAGGUUUAAGGGAACUCCCAGACAUCAAGACUGGACCAGCCGUAUAUUCAACGACAAUGGGUAUAUCAGUAAAAAGACGCUGAAGUUUAAUGGAGCGCGCGGCCAUGGCGCCCGUAAUGAUGAAAACCCAAGAAUCUGGGCGCAGAGUAAUUUCGAAAAGUUGUGGAAGCCUAGUCUUGGUGCGGCUGGACCUUUUUGA